CUUUUGUCGUUUCAUCACAAUCUUUUUUUUUUUAUUUAUUAUUAUUAUUAGUAUUAUUUGACUUCAUUUGUCUUUAUAUAUUUGUCAUCUAAUAACUCGCCUUCGUGUUUCUAAAUUCAAUAUAUUACUCUUCAACAACCGUCUCCAUGAGUGGUUUAACUGCGUUUCUGCAAACUGAACUUCUCUCAUUGUCAAGCGAAGCGCGAAGAAAGCACCCUGAAAUCAAAGAAGCUGCCGAACGAUUAAGUGCCAUCUUGCGAAGUUUCAAAGAAAGACCAGGUUACAGUAUAUCCAAUGAACUCUCGAAAUCAGAGGAUGCUCUUCGUCCUUUUGUACUGGCAUGUGAAACCAAACAAGUCAAAUUAGUCACCAUAGCUAUUGGAUGUAUACAGAGACUUAUAUCCUUUCACGCAAUACCAGAAACUUCAGUUAGAACUGUCUUACGGACGUUGACCGAUAUCAGUAUUCAUGGUGUUGAUAUUCAACUCAAGAUACUUCAAACAGUUUUACCAUUACUUACAAAUUACAACAAUGUACACGAUGAUAUUCUUGCUGAGGCUCUUUUGAUCUGUUUUCGUUUACAAGACUCCAAAAUUGUAGUAGUCAACAAUACAGCAGCAGCGACUUUACGACAAUUGGUUAUAUAUGUAUUUGACAAAGUGGUUGAAGAAGACAAAGAGGAAACCAAAAAAGAUUCAAAAGAUAACGAUACUAUACACACUAUUCGACUAGCUGAUGAUACUUCUCUAUCUUUACGACCAUGUGCAAAAGAUGCCUACUAUCUCUUCCAAGAUCUCUGUCUCUUGACAAAUAAUGAAUCACCGGAAUAUCUUCGCCUUGGCCGCCUUUCUGAUACAUUUGGACUUGAACUGAUUGAAAGUGUUCUUACCAAUCAUUACACACUAUUUAAAAAGCACAAGGAACUCAGUGCGUUAUUACGUGAACGUGUUUGCGCUAUGAUCAUCAAGACUUUCUCAGAAAAGCAUGAAUUCCCUCAAACAAUGCGACUUACUAGAGUGGUAUAUAUUCUUAUUAAACAGUUCAACGAGAUUCUGGUCACUGAAUGUGAAAUCUUUUUAUCCAUGUUUGUCAAAAUCUUGGAACCUGAAAAUCCACUUUGGCAACGAGUCUUGGCAAUGGAAAUCUUUCGAGGUGUAUGUGGCAACCCUGUAUUAUUAUGUUCUAUUUAUGAUUGGUAUGAUUGUCAAGCAAACUCAACAAAUGUGUUCCGGGAUAUGAUUACUGCUUUUGGUCGGUUGGCAACGGAAAGACCUCAACUUCUUGGAGCUACUCAGGGUGGACGAGACAGUAUGGAUCAUGGUCAAAGUUCUAUGGCUUUACAUCAUGGAAGCAAUACUAUCAACACGACAGGAACAGAUGGUACUCAUGCACUUAGUAGCGUUGGUUCAACUAUACGUAUCCAAUGUAUUGAUCAACUUGACAAGGCAGAUCCUCCUGUUAUUCCUGAUACCUACAUUUUUUACUUAUCUCUUUUAUGUUUAAACUCCAUUGCUGACGGUUUGGCUGGCUUUACAUUACCUCGAUUCUCCAUGAACGACAAAGGAACAGCUCGACAACUACAGCAACAACAACAACAAUAUCCAACUGAUGAAAAUGAAGAUGAAAAAUCAACUGACAAAUUGAAUGUGGACAACAGUGAUAAGGAAGAUUUGAAAUUGGUCACCAGUAUGGCAAAUGUUGCAUGGCCUGGUCUACUCGCAGCAAUGUCGUUUUAUAUUACUGCCAAUUUGGAUGAGGAUCUAUUUCAAAGCACCAUGCGUUCCUAUCAAAACUUUACCAAUGUUUGUGGUAUACUUGGACUAGUGGUACCUCGCGAUGCGUUUCUCACCAACUUAUGUAAAAAUGCCAUCCCUUCUAUUCCUGCAUUGACUUCUGGUUAUUUCACUGGCAAAAAUUCGGUAUCCACAGCUGGGGUGGCAUUCUCAGAUUUGACGGUACAACAACAGCAACUCCUUUCAAAUAUCACUCUCACCGACAGAAAUCUAUACAGUCUUCGUGUUUUAUUAAACAUUACCAUGAUGUUAGGUAGUGUUCUGGGUUCAUCAUGGUAUUUGGUAUUGGAAACAUUACAGCAAGCGGAUUUUUUGCUAUACAAUCGACCUACACCAAAGGGUAAUGUGUCAGCACCAAAUCUUCGUCGUACAGUCACAUCAACUUCAACAUCAUCAUCAUCAUCGUCAUCAUAUAUUGGAUCCUCUACUACCUUACCACCUCAAAAUCAACCUACUUUAUCUCAAAUGAUGGAUGCUGAUCAUGUCUCUAUUAUAUAUACAACAUUAAACCGUCUAUUCAAGAACUGCAAUUAUUUGGAUGAUCAUGCUUUUAUGGAUUUUAUUACUGCUCUUUGUCGUCUCAGUGCUCAAUAUAGUGGAGUACCUUUCAAGGAUGAUGAAUUGGAAUCUGUCAACAAGUCCUCACGUGCUAAAAUAUUCAACAACAAGUCGUUUGCCAUGGAAAAAUUGCAUGAAGUUUCAUUGAUGAAUGUUGGAAGACUACUGAAUACUACAUCUCAAUACAAAGCUUGGGAUCUCGUCAUGUCUCAUCUGAUUGCCACCGCCAAUUAUGUCAAUACACCAGGAUCUAUUCGUGCUCAAAGCUGUGACACCAUUUCAGAAAUUAUCAUUACUGCUAUGAAUUAUACAUUGACAGAAAAGAAAGAUGCUGAUGAAACAACGCAGAAUCGAUUACUCAAAGCUCUCAACGAAUGUAUCAAUGGAAUCGAUAGUAAUGACAAAAACUCGGCUGUAUUUGGAACGUUCGUACAAGUGCAAAAAAUGGGAUUGGAAACUUUACACAACCUGCUUCAAACAUCUGGACAUUCUUUUACUUGUGGGUGGGGUUUGAUAUUUGAUAUGCUUCACCAUGUAACGAUUUACACUACUGCCAACAACAACAACAACAAUAAUAAUAAUAAUAAUAAUAACAGUAGUAAUAACAGCAACAUUAAUGUAUCAACAGUGACCGAUACCAUCAACAACACUACAGGUGACUAUACGGACAGGGACAUUAGUGAUGCACGAGAUCGAUCCAGCAUUGACACCACAACCUCUUCUAUCCAUGCGUUGAAUGCUCCUUCGAUAAGCACCUCCACUCCUAUGUCAACCAACAAAGCUCACGGUGGAUUGGUCAAAGUAGCCUUCUCAAGUCUUCAAUUGAUAUGUACCGACUUUCUAUCAACAUUAUCACCAGAUUGUCUACGACAAUGUAUUGCAACUUUGGGGUCCUUUGGAGCACAGUACGAAGAUCUCAACAUUAGUCUCACAGCAGUAGGGUUAUUAUGGAAUCUCUCUGAUUUUAUCCAGACGAAACGAUUGACAAUAUUGGAAAGUAUGGGGAUGACAGAUACUAUGGAUAACGAUGAUGUACUAGUGGACAAGGAUGUUUUGAUGAUUGAUCGACCUAUUCAAGACAAUGAAACUCCACAGGUGUUGAAUAUUCUCUGGACUCUCCUUUUACUUCAAUUAUCACAAAUUUGUGUUGAUGCAAGACCCGAAGUACGUAAUGGUGCCAUUCAAACAUUGUUCCGUACCAUUAUGAUGAAUGGUAAUAUCCUUGGACCCCAUUUAUGGCAAGCAUGUAUCUGGAAAGUGUUGUUUCCCUUAUUGGAUGCUAUCAAAUUGACAUCUGCAAAAGCAUUGGCAGCUUCUUCUUCAUCAUUGCAAACAACAGAGGAUGGGAAGUCAACCAUGUCACCAUCUACAGCAAGCGAACGUGAUUCUUCAUCGGGCUUCAUGCUUCACCAUUCUCGUGAUACGGUGGACAAGCAGUGGGAUGAAACAAAAGUACUUGUGUUGACUGGAAUCGCCAAUAGUUAUCGAGAAUUUUUAUUGAAACUCUUCCAUCUUUCGACAUUUGACCGAGCCUGGAUCUUACUGCUAUCACAUUUGGAAAACUAUUGCCUUCGAUCUAGUCAAGAGGUAGCUCUGGCUGCAAUGAAAAGCUUGCGAAAUAUGGUAAAUUUGACCCAAGAUGUGAAUGAAGAUAACAACAAGCGCAUUAUGGAACUCUGGAGACUUUGUUGGGAUGCUUGGAUUCGGAUUGGUACGACAUCACUACAAAUGACAUUGACAAGUGACAAGGAUACUAUCGAAACAGAAUCAGUUGUAUCGUCUUCGCAUCUAGGACCAGUUUCAACAGAUAUGACCCAGGAUACUUUUACAACAUAUGUCCUUAUGUUUAUUGAUUUAUACAAAGUGAUCUCAAAGGAAUUUUCAUUGGAUGAUGUGAAACAAUUGUUGGCUAUUCUUCGCAAUGUUCUGGUGUAUUCGACAAGUCCACAAUAUCGACCGGAUGUGGAUCAUCUAUCGCCCUUACAAGAAGCUGUAUUGAACGCUGUACAAACGCUGGAUAUGAAUGUGGCUGGUGUGGCUCCUUUAGUGCUGAUGGACUUAUGUGAAUAUAUGACGCUUGCUUUUAUGAGUCCUCAGGAACAACGUGGAACAUCUGCUGAUACUGUUGAAUCUAAAGUACUAUCGAAUCAAUCCAAAUUCUCAAUGGUGACCUAUAUUGCAUUGAACAAGAAGUGUUGUUCCAUGGUAGCCAAUUUAUUCAAGACUCAUGUCAAAGAUCUUUCCAUGUAUACGGAUGGUGUAUUUGAGCGGGUAUUGAGCUCCUAUGGAGUCCCUAUGAAGCUGAAAUAUGAUUGUCCUCCUUCUUACAAACAUGGUGAUGACAAGAUUCCCUUAUGGAAAAUGGGUAGCAAUGGGUUUUUGGAAGUCAUAUGCAUUGGAUUGGAAGCAAUGCAAGAAUUUGGUGAAGAAGUACCGCAAGAUCGAUUUAUUGGUGUAUGGCGCACAUUGGUAGAUAUUUUUGAAGGCAACUUGCUUUCUCCAAGUACGCCACCUUCCACUUUGACGAUUGAAGAACUCGAUGUAGAUGAACAUUUUGAUAUUUCAAUCCUCAGUAUGAUACAAAACGAUAUUGUGAUUUAUUUAGGUGACAAACGUGUUCCAACGGAAAUCAUUCAAAAAUUUGUACAUGUUAUCCGGGAAAGCUCAAGAUUGUAUUAUGUGGAUGAACAUGAACCAAGUCAUCGACAUCAAGUAGACUUCAACAAAACAACAGCACACAGUGUGAAUGAUGGCAAUGUUUCGAAAGGUGGUCGUACAAGUGAUCUCAUGAGCACCACUGGCACCAUUGUACCUGUGAUGAAGGAAUCAUUUGCAUAUGCAGCAUUCAAGUUGAUGUUUGGAUUAUGUUCAGCAGAAAAAAAAGAUCAUCAAGAUGUACGAAAACGAAUUGCUCAAGCCACCAUUCCUAUCUUGCUCGAACGCUGUGAAACCAUCUUACGAAAUUAUACCAGUGAUGAACCAUUACUCGGAAGAUGUCCAUUCCCAAGGUAUCUUAUGGGGGUUAGAAAAGAAGAAAUGCUCUUUUUCCUUCGACAAUCUAUUCAAUUACAGUUACAACAAGAUAUCUUGAAUGAAAAAGAUGGUACCAUCAAAGGGUUACUUUUAUCUUGUCCACGGGCACAUUUGUUUUAUCUAUAUCCUUCACUUUGUCGUAUGUUGACGUGUGAAGAUCAUGCGGUGGUGGAACUGAUCCGUGAAUGCUUUCGUGUUGCUGGACUGGAAAUGGGUUUUGACAUGGGACCUUCUGAAAUAUAGUACUUCCAAGGUUAUUUUUUAGAUUACAUUCAUAUUAGUAUUCCAUUCUAUACUUUUUUUUUCACUUUAUAGUCUUAUAUACGUCUUUUCUUCUCCUAUAUCUAUUAUGAUCUUUAUUUCUUCCUGUAUUCACUUUUUGUAUAUUAUUAAUAAACGCACAAACGUGCUCACUGACACACAGAC